CGGACGCGUUGGAAAAUGGCGGGGAAGUUGGAGUCUUUGCGCGGGGAGUCGCCACGAGCCGCCGAGGAGGCUGAAAGCGGGCAGGCCAAGUCUUCAAGGAGUACUGAAGAGCUGCUGGCAAUGGUGAUGAGACUGCAGAAAGGUCAUGUGUCUCCUUGUGUCUGAGUGUCGGCCUGGGGCUUCAAGCCAGACAGAUAGGGUUCAAACCCAGCCCCCUCCACUCACAAACUUGGGAAAUUAUCCCAUUGUCCUUUCUCCUUCUUAUACAAUUUAAUUCUUUGAAACAAAAAUACAGCUCCACAGUUCAAAAUUCAAGUUCACGGGAGGGAAAAACCUACCCCUCUGCACCCUCCACAUACACUUGCAUCCAGCAUCUAUUUCCUUGACCUAAGACAACUAUUUUUCAAUUCUCAACUAUCUUUGCAGAGAUUUAUUUUUUAAAAAGUACAUGUAUGGGUGUGUAUCCUCUGUCCUCCCUUUUUACAUACAAAUGACAAGUGGAGAUGCAGAUGGCCUUGUACCUUUCUUUGUUCUUGAGGGGACCUAGGGUCAGCUUGCAUCCAGGGCUGGGGCACUGCUGGCCAGGUUUGAGUAAGGACUCUCCGCCAACCAUCCUUAGCUUAAAAUGCUAUAAUCUAUUGGUCUGUUCCAGAUAAAAGGGAACCCCCCCUCCCUCCUGUGGCUGCAUGCAGAAGACGUGGGUUGGGACUGCUGCCUAAGCUAAAAUUAGGUAGAGAAAUUGCAGGAAUGGAAAUGCAUACUGACCCACCCUCACCAGCUCCCGUAAAAUGAAGACCCCCCCAGUUAUAAUCACUGCCAUGGAGAGUACUCACUCUCUUGGAAAGUCACAGAACUGGAGUUGGUGGCCUUGAAAAAUCUGCAUUAACUCCAAAGUGCCUGUGAAGUUGGGACUGAGACCCAGCAAGGGUUGGGCAGCUUUUUGCCCCAGUGCUGUGAUACUGUACCAACCUUGAAGCAAGAGAGGAAGGAGGAGGAAGGCUUCUCUAUACCAGACCUGAAACAGAGACUAUGAAAAGUUAGAGGUAACUCCCUAAAGGGACAGUGACCUCCCUGUCACUGAAGAACUUGGCAAGCUUCCGCCCACAACAUGAAAGCAGCAUUUUCUCUAUUUCUUGGAUGAAGUCAAUACCGGGGUCUAGGUUGACAGACGUGCGACCAGCUCUGCCUGGAUUUUGACAGAGUGGGGCAUGUCGAGGUUUCUGUUCACCCCACACUCAGAAUUACAUUGGAAGCCUCCACCUUGGCCCAGGAAGCCCGGGGUGAUCUCACUCCCCACGUUCCCACCUCCUGUCCUGCAGCUCUCCACUUGCUCGCUGGACUGAGCCACACCAGCCCCUCACCACCCCUUUGGGCACAUGCUUCAGUCUCACUUGUUCCCCCCCACACACUCUGCACCCCACAGAACCUCAGGGCCUGCUCCUCUUACCUGACUAGGAGCCUUUUACCUUUUGCUCCUCAACACCUUACCUCUCUGUAUUUAACUUGAUGGCCGUGACCGCCACCUGAAUUGAUUCAUGUAUCUUUGUUCAGUGUCCAUCUCCCCCACCCAGAAUGCAAACCUGGCAAGGAUCUCCAGAGCUUUGCACACCCAGGUGCUCAGUAUAUGCCUGUUAACUGAUAGCAGCAGAGACACAGGGCCAGCACCUACUCCCUUCAUCUGCCUUGGUCAGCCAGGUGUCUGUCAUCUUAGCUCAUUCUUUCUUUGUUUCUUUCUUCAGAGGGAAGUCUGGAGCCACAGAUCGAGGACCUGAUUAACCGGAUUAAUGAACUUCAGCAAGAAGAAAUCUGGUGAAGAACUGGGAGAGACCCGUGCUCUCUGGGAGGCCCUGCGUAGGGAGUUAGACUCAUUGAAUGAAGAGAAAGUUCACCUAGAGGAAGUCUUGAGCAAAAAGAAAGAGGCACUGAAGAUCCUCCAGUUGCAAGAGAAGAAAAGUGAGGCUCAGAGGUUGGAUGUUGAAGAAGCACUGGAGGAUGUGAUGGGCCAGCACAAGGACCUCUGGGAAUUCCACAUGUUGCAGCAGCGACUGGCCCGAGAGAUCCGAGCCCUGGAGAGGAGCAAGGAGCAGCUGCAGGCAGAGAGGAAGCUGGUGAGCACCAAGCUGCAGGUGGUGGAGCGGAAGCUGCGCUCACCGCCCCAGGUCGAGGGCUCCGGGGCAGUGAACGAGGGCCCUCCUGGACUUUCUCUUCUUCCUCCUUUGCCCCUUCUCCGUAGGCUGAAGGCGGGGCUAGGGAAAUUCGGGGAGCAAGUCUGGAGCGCCCCAGAGGCCGGGGCUGGCAGAGGAGAGCUCCCGCAGGCAGAGCCUGAGGUCCCAGGAGCCUGCGAGGAGGAGAACCUGCGGCCGCCAGCGGGUGACCCUGACACCCACUAGGCCUAUAGGACCCGCCUCCUCAAGGCCUUCCCUCAAAUUCUGCCAAGAAAUAAAGGCGUUGAUUUCUUACUGUC